AUGGGUGAAGCACUCCUUCCGUCACUUCGUGGGACUGCACGCGUGAUCGUGCCUGGAUCCCAAUUUGCCAACAUUGAACUCGAAAGUGCGGGGUGCGACCCGCUCCUUUCGUGCCUUGUCUCCAACCCACCACCAUCUCCGCCCUCUCGCACUCUUGUCCGCCCUCCACCAUAUACCCCUUAUACCCCUCAUACCCCGUACCCGUUGUACCCCUCGUACCCGUCCUUCCCCCUCCUCAUACACCCCCUUACGCCUUCGCUCCGUGUCCUCCGAGGCACUGUAGACCAGAUGCCGCCCUUCGACCCCCUGGCCAAGCAGAAGCGGUUCAGAUCGAUGAUCGCAGCCAGCACCACGGCCAUCCACUGGGACGCCUUCGAGAAGAUCAUCGCCGACCCGCACAAGCUCGCUCAGCUGCAGCAAGCCUUCCUCGACAUCGCCAACCAGCCCGCUCCCGCUCCCGCCCCUGCCACCGCAUCUGCCUUCGCUCCCGCCGCCAACUCAGCCUUCGCCGCCCCCAACUCGGCCUUCGCUCCUGCCGCCACUUCGGCCUUCGCCCCUGCCGCCACCUCGGCCUUCGCCCCUGCCGCCGCUCCGCCCCCUGCUGCUCCCACCCAAGCUUACCCUAUGGAUGCGCAGGGCCACUUCUACCUCCGCGACUCGAACAUCUCGAGCCAGUAUUUCAUCGGCCCGCACGACUUUAUGGAGGUCACCAGGACGCACGAUGCACCCUCCUGCAUCAAUCUGACCGAUAUGCUGGUGCACAAGUCCACCAAGCUCUACAACCAGUUCGCCGUUGGAGGCAAGCGCAACCCUUGGCCACGCAACACGCUCGUGCGCCUGCACGACGUCGACGGAGAGGUCAGGAUCGACAAGACCAUCGUUCGCUACGGCGAGUCCUCCAAGAUCAAGGCUCUCCCUAGCAACAUCACCUGGGAGCAAGUCAAGGUUUGGCUGGCGCUGUUCGACUGCCACUUCAACGCCGGCAGCAAUGCGACCACGUUCAUCGUGCCUGCCGAGGUCUUUCCUACGCGCAUCAGGGCGACAGCACACGGCUUUUGCGCCGCCAUGGGCAAGCUAGGCAGCAUCGUGUCGUCGCUCGGAUUCAGCGUGCUCGCCAACGACAAGCGCUUCGGACACACGGGCAUCUUUUGGAUCUUCUUUGGUGUCAGCCUGCUCGGGCUUCUUGUGACGCUCCUGUUGGUGCCCGAGACCAAAGCGUACGAUGCCGAUGCAGUCGAUAGGAUAGAGCUGCUCGAACGGUCUAGGACGGCAUAG